AUGACGGUCAAUGUGGAUGGCUUUAAUGACAAAAAGGAACUGCAACUACGGAACUGGAUAUUGUAUACCAGACCGCAUGUCGUCAUACUGACAGAAACGUGCACAAAUCUACACCGCUCUGCCUACGAUGGUCGAUAUGUUACGAUCGGGAUUGCUGGAGCGGCAGAUGGGGUAGCUGCGAUGAUACGGCAAGAUGUCCAAUACCGAAUCACCACCAAGACAACACGCAUAAUCAUCCUCGAGAUCGAUGAUUUAGUCACAAUAGUCGGGGCAUAUGGACCCACUGAGCAAACAGCGGACAGGUUUAAAGCCCAAUUCUGGGAGUAUCUUACAAAUGCUAUCAAGACUACAAAACCACUGCUAGUAGCUGGUGACUUUAAUGCAGGACACGAGCCGACUGAAUCCAGAACCAUCAGAGGUUCGCCGAACCAUAUUAGACUGGAGAGACUAGCUUUGCAUCAUAACCUGAUCAUACUUCAAACCACACCCACAUGGAUCUCAAAAAGAUCAAAAGACGGUAAACCAAGCCGGACGCUGGACCGCAUACUCAUCAGUGAGGAUACCUGCCAAGCGCAGGAUAAUGUAGUCCACUUGGACUGGGAGAAUGCACCUGCUGACCAUGCGAUACUAACGGUCAAAUGGACGCUAAACCAAAUCAGCUACCACGCAAAACGGCCGAAAGCCGGACUCAUCACUCGCGACGCCGAUAAGCCAACUACAAAGGCAUGGCUGAAACUACGUAACGAACUCAAGGAACGUUUUCACAAGAUACCAGUAAAAAUACAUCUACCAAUUCAGAACCAAUUGCUGUGGGAUCAAUAUAGGAGGUGCAACGGACAGGAGGGCUUAACUUUAAUGGACGACGAAGGUAAUGACCUGAAUCCGGAAGAGGCCAGAGGACAGCUGGCGAAGAUGCUGCAGGACCGAUGGA